AUGAAUUUGCUGCUACUAUUCGUAGCGGAAGCGCAACAAUAUGAUUCGGUACCCGGUUGCCCUGCUCUCAGUACAAUUGCAGAUGCUAAUUCUUACAAUGGAAGCUUUUGUUUCUGCAAUGUGCGAGAUAAGGAUUCUGUAGAUAUCAGCUGUUUGUACAGUUCUACUGUGCAACAAUUCAAAAGAUCACUCUCAGCCGCUAGUGCUGCAAAAAAAAUUGUCAAACAGGUGACAUUAAAUCGUGUUAAAUUUGAUGAUGGCAUGCUUCCUGGAAAAAUUUUCGACAGUCUCUAUGCGCCGAUAGAAAUCAUAUCCAUUGACAAAUGUGCUGAGAGCAUUCCCCUGAAUAUUCACGACGAUUCAUUCCAUGGCCUAGCUGAUCACUUGCAAGAACUUUACAUUACCGAUUGCAACCUUGAGCAAUUCCCACGAACAGCAAUUCAAAAUUUAACAAAACUGAAAACUUUAUCCUUGGCUUAUAACAAGUUAACUAGUUUGGUAAGAAUGGAUUUCGAAACAUUAAGGAAUCUCGAAAUUCUGAAUCUGGAAGGAAAUUUCAUAUCAUUGUUGGAAAAUGGGACAUUAUCGAUACUUCGCAAUUCAUUAAAAAAGCUCAGUAUCGGAAAGCAUAAUUCAUUCAACGAUAUCUUCAAAGAAAUUUCACAACUCAAAGAACUUCAAGUUCUAGAUAUGGGCAGAGCUGAUGGAAUCACUGAUCUAACAGAAGGAAUAUUUGGAGAAUUAAGCAAACUGGAGAAGCUAUUACUACCCGGAUGUAGUUUGACAGUUAUUCAUAAGAACACUUUCCAAGGUCUUAUCAAACUAACGGAGCUCGAUUUACGAAUCAAUUUACUGAAUGAGGUGGAAUGCGGAAGUUUUGCUUGGACACCAAAUCUACGACGUCUAUCACUUGCCGGGAAUUAUCUAAAUAAAAGCUUAGCUUGCUGGUGGGAUGGAUUGGAACAUUUGAAAGAGCUCGAUCUCGGAUGGAAUGAAUUUUCGGUUUUGGAAAAUAAUGCCUUCUUUAAACUUGGUUCAUCACUUAGCUUUCUAAAUCUUCGGCAUAAUAAACGACUAAUACAUAUUGAUGAAAAUGCUUUCAAUGGACUCAAUAAUCUCCAUCGCUUAAAUAUGAGUGAAACAAGUAUCACGGAAUUGAAUAACACCCUCAGACAUCUCCCCUCAUUAAAGGAAUUGGAUUUAAGUAAUGGACAAUUGCAAUAUAUCAAAGAAAGCGAUUUGGAAGCUCAAAGUGAAAAGCUAGAAGAGCUAAUAUUACGCGACAAUCAGUUGACAACAUUAUCAAGAAAUGUACUAGAAAACAUGAAAAAUUUACGUAUACUAGAUUUAUCAAAUAAUCAAUGGUUAUGUGAUGAAAGCAUGGAAACAGUGGUAGAAGAAAUUGAAUUGAAGUACAAAGAAGCAAUUCUGCUAGAUCAAGACUUUAUAUUACUGCACGCUAACGAAACAAACUGUAACCGUCCGUAUAGUUUACAAGGACAAGUUAUAAUGAAUGUAAUUAAAGAUUCAUUCAAGAUGUAUAACUCAAACAAUGAUGCCUUCUAUUCAACGACAUCAACAAUUUUAACAGUGGAUAACAACAUAAAACUAGAAAACAUUAGUACAGAUCUUCUUAAUAAAUUUCUAGCUAAGGACGGUUUAAUUGGUGAUAAAAACGCAAAAUUCGAGCAUCACCCAAAUACAUCCACAUCUGUACAUUCCCUAUAUCAUGUAAAUAUGAAAACUGAAUUAGUCAAUGAACAAACCAAAACUAAUUCCCCACCAAUAAUUAUUGCUGUUUUUACACUGACAAUCGUCUCAACUGCUAUUAUCGCUGCUGUUAUCAAACACUUAAGAAAACAGAAGAGUGAGGCAGAGAAGCGAAAUAGUUUCGAAAUGGGUGAUAAGAUGUAA